UAGUCUCACCCGCGGUACAUCAGAAACCUUUUUGCACAGUGGCAGUCUCGUGAAUACUGCGCAGUGCGCACGACCCUACCCUGCAGGUUCUCCGGCACGUUAAGCGACCUUCUAACCUCCAUCUCCCACCUCUUCCCCCAGCUUCUCCGGCAUCCGGUGCCGAUGCCGAUGCCGAUGCCGCUGCCGCUUCCGAUUCCUACGGAGGAGCCCGAGGAUCCUUCAUCAUCUUCUCUUCCUCCAGCGAAUUAUCCUCCACCAAGCCCCAUUCAACUCCUUCCUGACGACACCCUUCACCACAUAUUCGCCUGUCUACCCCUUCGUGAAACCCUUGCGUCCCGCUCCGUGUGCCGUCACUUCCACGACGCCCUCUCCUCUCCUUCUUUCCUCUCCCUCCUGCCUCCUCUCCCCCUCCUUGCUCUUCGCCAUCCCCGCCAUCACCAUCACAACUAUCAUCUUCCGCCUUCUCUCCUCGCUUUCGACCCUUCCUCUUCUCGUUGGCUCCGUCUCUCUCUUUCCUUUGUCCCGUUCGCCUCUCUCUCACCCGUUACCGCCUCAUCUUCUCUUCUCUACCUCUGGGCCGAUCCCUCUCCUUCCUCCUCUUCUUCUGAUUCGAAGCCUCCUAAAUCACUGAUCCUUUGCAAUCCCCUCACCCGAUCCUUCCGUAUUUUACCCCCUCUCGGAUCCGCAUGGUCGCGCCACGGCACCGUUCUCGCCGCCCCGGCUAUCGCUGGCAGCGCCGUUCUCGUCCUCACUGAGCUCGCCGCUUUAUCUUACUCACCCGGCGCUGCUUCGUGGCGGAAGUUCUCUCUCAAUUUGCCCUCCAAACCUCGCAGUCCCGUCAUCAUCGGGGCGUCGAUCUACGCCCUCUGCGAUACCGGCAACCCCUGGCGUAGUCAGUGGAAGCUCUUUUCAUGCGCCAUCGAUGAUCUCGGGGGUCCCCGAGGGUGGGCUCAACUAGAGCGCCACGAGUGGGGCGAUGUCUUCGAUAUCCUUAAACGGCCCCGGCUGGUCCGCGGCGCCGGGACCAGCAGGAUCUUGAUGAUUGGUGGUUUGAGGUCUUCCUUUGCAGUGGAUGCUCCGUGCUCGACGGUGCUGAUACUGAGGUUGGAUUUGGGGACCUUGGAGUGGGAAGAGGCCGGUAGGAUGCCGCCGGAGAUGUACCGGUGCUUUGCUGGAGUUGGUGGGCAAAGAACAGCGGCCGCUACGGCUAAUGCUGCGGGGAAUAAUAAGGUGAAGGUUUUUGGAGGAGAGGGGAGGGUUUGGUUUUCUGGGAAGAGAGUGAGGGGCAAAAUGGCGAUGUGGGAGGAAGAGGAGGAGGUGGAGAAAUGCCCUGGAGUUGGAGGUACAUGGAAAUGGGUGGAUGGGGCGCCGGGUUAUGGCGAUGUGGUGUACAGGGGAUUCGUGUUCGAUGCUGCAGCUAAUGAGAUUUCAUGACUGAUCCGUGGUGGUAUGUUCUGCAACUUUUCUUAUCAUGUGAGGGAAGCUCCAUGUUCAGGAAAUCUGGCCUGCUAUAACAAUCCAUUGAAGGAUCUCCUCAAUCUGCUCAUUUAACGAAUUCCACUGCAACAAAACAGUGUAAGUGUCAGUUGAUUUAUCCAGAAUUCUCCGGCAUUCAGCUAUUGAUGCUAUAUAGUCUAUGUAGGCAUUAUUUUUAGAUACAUUGCAAUUGUGUUGGAUUUUGCUGAAAACUGAACUUCUGGUUCUUCGUGUUAUAUUUGGAACUCUGUUAUCUUACGAUAUUCUACAGUGAUGAAGAGCGGAGAUAUAUGCAAUGUUAUUAUUAUUUUUUUAUCUUAA